AUGGCUGGCAUCUGGAGUGCAUUGAAGUCCACCUGGCUGAUAGCUGAAAUCACCACGUUGGACGAAUCGACCGCACCCCGUGAUAGUGAACUGCGGAAGAUAGCCAACCACAGCGUUCAAUCAGAUCAACAUGUCAUCAACUUGUGUGACUGUUUGCUAGAUGACCUCAAAAGCUGGGACAAGAAUCCCCCCAGCGCCUUUAAAUCACUUCAAAUCCUUGAUUAUUGCAUACAUGAGGGCUCCUGCGAGAUAAAAGAAUGGUUCCAACCUCACAUCGAAGUGAUAGAAGCUAUUGGAGGGGAACAAUCCUCACAGGCGUCGCGCCUCAGGAAAUAUGCACUGGAGAUUGCGAAUCUGCUCCGCAAUGAAGCUCCUCUACAGGCAGAGCGACUGAACCCGGCUUCUUGGAAGCCUAGAAUGGACAGACUAAUCACCCGCGAUUGGGUAUCAAGGAGCCCUGCUAGUAGACAAGAGUCUUCCAAAGCAGAACCUCCCCCGCCAUAUACGCCUGAAGAUAGUGGCAAGGGCGGCAAGAAUUCGGUUCAGGUAACAGAGAAGAGUGUUGACGAGAGAGAACAUAGGUAG